UCAUCAGCGCGCGCCGCACCCGGAAGAGACGUGGCAGCGGAGGGGUAAUCCGAGGGGCCCGAGCCGAAGGGAGCAGAGAGGGAUCUCUGGUGACCGUAGUCUCUGUCCUGCCGCGCUUACGGCCACCGCACGCGCCCGUCGGGACCGGUGCCGCGACCGAUCAGUAACACGGUCGGGAGAGUGGGGUCUGUAGAGAAGGGUCGACCAUGGGGCUUUGCAAGUGCCCCAAGAGGAAAGUGACCAACCUGUUCUGCUUCGAACACCGGGUCAACGUUUGCGAGCACUGCCUGGUAGCCAAUCACGCCAAGUGCAUCGUCCAGUCCUACCUGCAGUGGCUCCAAGAUAGUGACUACAACUCCAACUGCCUCCUGUGCAACAUACCCCUGGCCACCCGAGAGACAGCCCGCCUUGUCUGCUAUGAUCUCUUCCACUGGGCCUGCCUCAAUGAACGUGCUGCCCAGUUACCCCAAAACACGGCACCUGCUGGCUACCAGUGCCCCAGCUGCAAUGGCCCCAUCUUCCCCCCGAGCAACCUGGCUGGCCCCGUGGCCUCUGCGCUGAGAGAGAAGCUGGCCACGGUCAACUGGGCCCGGGCAGGACUGGGCCUUCCUCUGAUUGAGGAGGUGCUGAGCCCGGAGCCCAAGGCCCUCAACGCCUCUGACUUCUCUGACUGGUCCAGUUUUAACGCCAGCAGUGCCUCCGGACAAGAGGAACUGGACGGCGCUUCUGCUGCCCCAGCCUUCUACAGCCAGGUCCCCCGGCCUCCUGCCUCCCCAAGCCAGCCUGAACAGCACACGGUGAUCCACAUGGGCAGCCCUGAGCCCUUAGGCCAUGUCUCAGCCCCAAGGAAGGUGUAUGACACGCGGGAAGAUGACCGGGCUCCCGGCCUCCACGGGGACUGCGACGAUGACAAGUACCGCCGCCGGCCUGCCCUGGGCUGGCUGGCCCAGCUACUCAGGAGCCGGGCCGGGACUCGGAAGCGGCCGCUGACCCUGCUGCAGCGGGCGGGGCUGCUGCUCCUGCUGGGCCUGCUGGGCUUCCUGGCCCUGCUCGCCCUCAUGUCUCGCCUGGGCCGGGCCGCGGCUGAUAGCGACCCGAACCUGGACCCGCUCAUGAACCCUCACAUCCGCGUGGGCCCUUCCUGAGCCGCUUGCUCAUGGCGGGGCCAGCCUGGGACCUGGGAGCCUGAGGAAGGAGCCGUGGGAGACCUGGGGGCCCUUCUUGUCUGACCCCCUCCCUCAAGCCUGAGACACUAAGACUCCAGGCCCAAAGCCGAGUCCACCCGGGGUGGCGCAGGCUGGGCCUGGGGUCCCUGCAGGGCCACCGUUUGCCUCGACCUGCCUCUCCCGGGGUCUCCCGUCUCCCUCCUCACCCCUCAUGAAGGAGCUGACAGGUGGAAAUAAACAACAGACUUUAUUAAAACACCAAA